AUGACAGUGAUGAAGAGACAUGGUGGUUGGAAGUCAUCAACAGUAGUUGAAGGUUAUAUUGCCGAUUCCGUUAACAACAAAAAACCAGUCUCAAUGUCCAAACCCAAAGAUAAUGUUUCAUCAAACUUUGACCAACCUUGUUCAUCAGCAUCAAAUGGUGUUAAAGUUGAUACAUUACGCCAUCAAAAAAAAUUUAAAUCUACUUUGCAAGAAAAUACAGUUGCAAGAAAGAAAAAUUCAACUUCUCAAUUCGACGAUUGUGAAACUCCUCAUUUAUUUAUCUGUUCUACAGUAUUUUAUGAUGAUCAAGACUUAGAUCUAGUUGCAGAUACAAAACCACAUAUCAUUGCUAUAACUGAAACAUGGCUCAAACCGCUACAAGACAAUUCUUUACUUAACUUAGAAAACUUUACAGUCUUUAGAAGAGAUAGAGGUUUAACUCAUUCCGAUAAUGGGUGCUUCAUUAAGGGUGGGGGUGUGGCAUGUUUGGUCCACAAGUCAUUAAAAGCUAAAGUCAUCUAUGUACCUAAUACAAAUAAUAUAAAUCAACCUGAAUAUUUAAUUCUCGAAGUCAUUUCACAGACUGGAAAUCGCUUAUUACUAUCAGUAAUCUAUCGUAGGCCUCAAGAAUCCUCUAUAACACCUAAUCAUUUACAGUCAUUUAUCACGGAAUUAUCAUUAUUUUGUGUCCCGUUUGGUGCUACUCACCAUUCAAAUAACAAAGAUUCGUGGUUAGAUGUUAUUAUUCUUGAUAAUCAAUCCAAAAUGGUCAAUUUUUGUAAAUCUAAUCAACCCUUUAUAAACGGACAUGAUUAUCUUGUAUGCGAUUAUAAGUUUGAUUUCGAGAAGCCUUCGGCGAAAAUUAUAAAUUAUAGAGACUUUUCUAAAACUAGCCAAGAAGCUAUGAGCAAUGCCCUGAUGCAAUCUCUUAAAAUUGAUAGUGAACUCAUAGAAAAUUCUGAUCCUAAUUAUUUAACUAGCUUAUUUUAUGAGACUAUUAUUGAAAUUCUUGAAGAAUUUGCACCUAUUCGUUCACGCAAAAUUACUCAUGUUCCUAAUCCCUGGGUCACAAAAGAACUUAAAACCAAGUGCAAAGAACGUGAUACUUUAAAGGAAUUAAAAAUAAAGCUUACGGAGGCUCGUGAAAAUUAUUUAUGCAAUGCACUGAGUAAUAUUCCAUUAGGUUCAAAUGUAUGGAGUAAACUUAAGCAUUUGGGGUUAAUUAAAGGUUCAAAUUCCUCGCCCUUAAAUUUCUUUGACUCGAGAGAAUUAAAUAAUCACUUUGCAAAAAUAGUAAGACAUCAUCCACCAUGUAAUGAAGCAACCUUUGAAGAAAUUAAAUUGUCUCAUAGUAGUUUGGUAAAUUGUUCCUUUGUAUGGACAGAGAUUGACAUUGUAGAUGUAACAAAAGCUCUUCAUCUCACUCUCAACAAAUCUAAGGGUAAAAGUCCGGAUGAAUUAAAUCUUUAUUGGCUAAAAAACAAUAUUCCCCAGAUAACAAUCGUUCUUACACAGCUUUUUAAUCGAUCUUUAAAUACUGCUAUCUUCCCUCAAGCUUGGAAGGCAAUUUACAUCUUACCAUUGAACAAGACCUCUCCACCGCGUUCCCUCUCUGAUACACGACCCAUUGCAAAUACUUCACAUCUAAGUAAGGUUUUCGAGAGAAUAAUUGCUAACCAAGUAGUUACAUAUCUUGAGGAUAAUAAUCUUAUUGAUAAAUAUCAAUCAGGGUUCAGAAAACAUCAUAGUACUCAAUCUGCCCUAUUAAAAUUAACAAAUGAUAUUUCCAGAGCUAUGGAUAGUAAUCAAUUAACUCUAAUAGUCUUUUUUGAUUUGACCAAAGCAUUUGAUUAUGUUAACCACAAAAUUAUUAUAAAAACCUUGAUAGAAUUAGGAUUUUCUCCUGAGACAGUUAAGUGGUUUCUGUCCUACUUAUCUGAUAGGUCGCAAGCUGUACUUGAUGGAGAUGGUAAGCCAGUUGAGUUUAAAACUACAACAUCUGGAGUUCCUCAAGGGUCUGUUCUAGGACCCAUAUUAUUUCUAUUAGUUAUGAACUCUGCGGCUAAACGACUUACUUAUACAAAUCAUGGUUUAUUUGCUGAUGAUAAAUAUAUUUAUUUACAUUGUUAUAGUCAUCAAAUCCAUGAAGCUACUAGACAGUUGAACCUAGAUGCUCAAGCAGUAGUUGAUUGGGCCAGAGAUAAUGGGUUAGAAGUAAAUCUACUUAAAACUAAAGCAAUGUUAUACGAUUAUGGGAAGAACUACCAGAGGACAUUAUAAAUUCAUCAAGCUUGGAGGUUUUCAAAAAUAAAAUUUUUGAUUAUUUAUUUAAUUUAGAUGUUUGAUCAUAAACUGUUGUAAAUGCUUCUAUCAUUAUUUUAUUAAUCUUCAAACUUCGUUAACCUUCUUUAUAUAGCUUCUUUUUAAUUUAAAGUUUCCUACCUGUCUCUUU